CACUGCUGCAUCGUCUCUUGCUUCUUAAAGCUUCUCUCGGCUUCACUUCUCUGAAGGAAUUAGUUGGAGUCGUUUUCUCGCCACUGAACUAUUUCCCCGUAGUUUUACUACAAAACUUUCUGCACCUUUCCUUCACGUGCGUGACAGACACCGAAACUGCAGACAGCCACAUCGCUUUUUGAUUGUAACCACCACAGCUGGAAGCUCCCUCACUGUCACCAUGAGCUCGUGCAGCAGGAAGGCCCUGACUCUGCUGAGCAGUGUGUUUGCUAUCAGUGGCCUGGGGCUGCUGGGAGUGGCGGUCAGCACCGACUACUGGUUGUACCUGGAGGAGGGCGUCAUUCUGCCUCUGAACCAGAGCAUUGUCAUCAAGACCUCGCUGCACUCCGGCCUCUGGAGAGUCUGCUUCCUGGCCGGUGAGGAAUCUGGUCGCUGCUUCACCAUCGCCUACAUCAUGCCCAUGAAUGUCCAGUUGACGUCAGAGUCCACAGGAAGCGUGCUCAAGAUGAUUCGCUCGGCCACUCCGUUCCCUCUGGUCAGCCUCUUCUUCAUGUUCAUCGGCUUCGUCAUCAACAACAUCGGCCACAUCCGGCCUCACCGCACCAUCCUGGCGUUUGUCUCUGGGAUCUUCUUCAUCCUCUCAGGUCUGGCUCUGGUGGUGGGUCUGGUGCUCUACAUCUCCAGCAUAAAUGAUGAAAUGCUGAACAGUAUUAGGAGCAGUGAGGCCUAUUUUAUCUACAAGUACGGCUGGUCCUUUGCCUUCGCUGCCAUCUCUUUUCUGCUGACUAAGAGUGCAGGCGUCAUGUCCGUCUACCUGUUCAUGAAGCGCUACUCAGCAGAGGAGCACUACCAGCCUCGUCACCCCGGUUUCUACCGCCCCCGUCUCAGCAACUGCUCCGACCACUCUGGCCAGUUCCUCCACCCGGAGGCCUGGUCCCGCGGGCGAAGUCCCUCCGACAUCUCGAGUGACGCUUCGCUCCAGAUGAGCGCCAGCUACCCGGCUCUCCUCAAAUGCCCUGACUACGACCAUGUCUUGUCCUCACCCUGCUGAGGGGUCACUCACCACAGCAGAGGCACACAUAAGUUACUGAAAGGUCGCUAAAGAAUCACAAGAGGUCACAAGGCUUAUUCAGUUUUCUUUCCUGAAAAGAUACAACUUGUAGCAGCUAUAACUGUGCUUUAAAGUGGACCUAUCAUGCUAUAUUUGAAUAAUAUAUUGUAGGGCCAUAC